AGUUCUGAAAAUUCAAUAAUAAAAGCCCCAACGCUUAACCUUCAUUUCUGCCAAACAAAACCUUGCUGGGUAAACUCAUUCGGUACGACAGUUAUUCCUUCUUCUCUCCAAGAUGAUCGGAGAACACAAGCCAUCCCAUGUUUCCGAUGACCCCAAGGCACCACUUCUCCCCGUUCACGAGCCGUUUGAAAGCAGCGUCUCCUUCAGCUUAAAAUCCCUUCUCACACUGAAAAACUUUUAUGUGAUUCUGGGACCUUUGUUGUCCAUUUUCAUAUGCCUCUUCGUGAAGCUGGACGCUCCACCCACAAGCCAGAAAAUGCUCGGCGUCAUUGCUUGGGUUUUCGCUUGGUGGGUAACCCAGGCCGUGCCACUUCCCGUUACCUCCAUGUGCCCCUUGUUCCUCUUCCCUCUCUUCGGGAUCGCUUCAGCUGAUAGCGUCGCCCACUCUUACAUGGAUGACGUCAUCACGCUCGUUCUGGGAAGCUUCAUUCUCGCUCUCGCCGUCGAACGCUACAACGUCCAUCGCAGAUUGGCCUUGAAUGUAACAUUGCUGUUUUGUGGCGACCCGGUGAAUCCAGCGCUGCUACUAUUGGGGCUAUGCGCCACGAUAUUCUUCGUGAGCAUGUGGCUGCACAACGUGGCAACGGCGGUGAUGAUGAUGCCGGUGGCGACGGGGAUCGGGCAGCGGCUGCCGGCGGCGCACGAGCAGUCGGAGGCGAUAAACAAGUUCUGCCGGGCGGUGAUUCUGACGGUGGUGUACGCAACGCCGAUUGGGGGAAUAAGCACUCUGACGGGAACCGGCGUGAACCUGAUAAUAAUUGGGAUGUGGAAGAGCCUCUUCCCUGAGGCAAAGCCAAUCAGCUUCAACACGUGGUUCUUCUGGGGUUUCCCUGUGGCGGUUCUCAUCCUCAUUUGCUUUUGGUCCAUACUUUGCCUCCUCUACGUGCCCAAAGGCUCUGCUCGUGCUUUGUCUGCUUACUUGGACAAGACUCACUUGAAAAGGGACCUCGAAGCGCUUGGUCCCAUGGCUUUUGCUGAGAAGAUGGUGUUGUCUGUGUUUGGGUUGCUGAUCGUGCUGUGGAUGACAAGAAGAAUCACAGAUGACAUUCCUGGAUGGGGAUCAUUAUUCCAUGGCCUUGUUGGUGAUGGAAGUGUCAGUGUUAUGGUGGCUGUUUUAUUGUUCAUAAUCCCAAACAUGAAGCAAGAGGGGGAGAAACUAAUGAGCUGGAAUGACUGCAAAAAAUUACCUUGGAACCUCAUUCUGCUCCUAGGAGCUGGUUUUGCCAUUGCUGAUGGAGUACAAUCGAGUGGCCUUGCAGAUGUGCUAUCAAGAGCCUUAGAUUUCUUGGAAGGUGCCCCAUACCUGCUCAUUGUUCCUGCUGUUAGUCUAAUAUGCAGCAUUAUCACUGAGUUCAUCACCUCCAAUGAUGCUACUGCCACCCUUCUUGUACCACUUCUGUAUCACAUAGCCAGAACUAUGCACGUGCACCCUCUUCUUCUUAUGGUUCCUGGAGGAAUUGCAACCGAGUUUGCCUUUUGGCUUCCAACUUCAACACCAUCAAAUGUAGUUGGAUUUGCCACUGGACACAUAGAAAUUAAAGACAUGCUCAAAAUUGGUGUGCCGCUCAAGGUUGUUGGGAUUGUUGUCUUGUCUCUUCUCAUGCCAUCACUAGGAACUAUUGUUUUUGGAGCAAAUAGCAGUUAAGUGACAUUUACAAGGAAAACUCUUUCCAAAUUUCACUUUGCUUUAUAAAUUUUGGGUGGCUUUAUUAUUAUUCACGGAAUCUCGUUGGUCCGGGAGAUCAUGAACGAGAUGUGCAAGGGGGUCUUGUGCUAUAUUUUGGCAAUUAGGAAUACCCGGUGCAGAUAUCAACAGGGCAAAGGAGAAGGGAGAGAAACAUCUUCAAUUCUCCAUCUCUUUCUUUUAUUUCGUAUUUUUUUUGUUAAUUUGUUUAUAUUUUUUUACAGGCUUAUAUUAUUAUAAAUAUAGGGAUAGGAAGAAUUUCCAGCCAUUGUAAAAAUAAUAUCAGUAAUAGAAAUAGGGAAUUGAUUUGGUUAUUGUGUAAACUGCAUUUUGUUGAUGCGGGAGUGUUGGAUUUUCUGUUGAUAUGCUUACAUUUUAAUUUCUUGGCUGUUAGUUGA